AUGGACCAGUUCAUCGGAAAAAAAUAUAAACUGAAAACUUCGGAAAAUUUCGACGAAUAUCUCAAAUAUAUCGGUGUUGGAUUUUUAUCGCGGAAAACUGCAAACUCAGUGUCGCCUGUGUGCUCACUGACCUUAAAUGACGAUGGCUCAUAUACCCUGUCGAUGCUGACAACAUUUAGGAACGUAUUCAUUAAAUUUAAGUUAAACGAAGAGUUUAUCGAAGAGAGAGCGGAUGGAACGAAGGUUAAGUCGACAAUGGUCAUAGAAGGUAACAAAUUAAUACAGAUUCAAAUUGAAGACAACGGAAGGAAGUCAAUGCACAUCAGAGAAUUCACACCAACUACAUUAACAGUGACUUCCACAGCUGAGGGCUGGGACGGUAAAUGCGUGAGAGUUUAUGAAAUUGUAGAU